AUGAACUUACAGACAAAGCUCGACAACUCGCUCAACGACAUUCUCAAGACAUCUGGUUACAUCUUUGAGAUCAUAAACAACAACCGAAAGCAGAGUAACUUGAUUACGGGAACAAAUAACCAGCUUAUCACACCGGCUAUUACGAGCCAGCUAGCCAGCAAUAUCACCAGGUUCGAUGAUAUUCUCGACGAGACGCUUUCCAAGCUCAACGAUACGAGAUGGUGUCUCGAUCAAAUCAUGGAGAACAAGCAGAAACAAGAAGAGAUGAAGCUCAAAGAAGAAUUGGAGAGGCAGAAGAAGUUGAAGGAAGAAGAGGAGCGGAAACGUAAGGAGGAGGAACGAAGAAAAGAAGAAGAGGAAGCCAGAAAACGUAAAGAGGAGGAAGAGGCUGCUGCUCGAAUCAAAGCUGAAAAAGAAGCGCAGGAGCGAGCUCGGGCAGAGGAAGAAGCCAAACUCAAACGAGUUCAGGAAGAAAGAGAGCAGAAAGAAAGAGAAGAAAAAGAAAAGCAGCGCCAGCAACAGGAAGAAAUCGACCGCAAAGAGGCCGAAAUUCAAAAGACCAACAGCGAGUUCAAUCCUUUCAAUUCGCCCUUUGGUUUUGACUUGGACUCAGGUAACGACAAGGGACUAGGUGUUGGUGUUGGUGUAGAACUACUGAAUCCGGAAGACAUACUUUCUACGAUAAACUACAACGAUCCUGCGCUUGGACUCGAUGCCGGUUCUGUUGGAGCUUCUGGAUCUAACGCUGAAGGCGAUAAGGCAGCAGAAACAGGUGAUAACGGCGCUGCAAACAUCGACGACAUGAACUUGGAGUUGAACAAUCUCUUGGGUAAUGACGAACUGAUCUUGGAUGGUCUCGAUAUGAGUCUACUUGAUCCAGGAUAUGAUGCAGGAGUGGUGGACCAGCUUCCAGGGGAUGAUUUCGAUGUAGACAACUUCCUUAACCAGUUCGGAGGGAGCGAUUAG